CCGUGCAGUUCACCGCGCGAGUGGACAAGUGGAAACAAUUGGCUUCAAACACGGAUUCGGUAGUGGGGAAAACAUCUGUCUAGUACUAAAGGAUACAACUGAAACGCUUCACAUGGGGAGUUAAAGAGCAAGAUGACGUGUAUGCGUUACACUAUGUUACUGUUCUCAGUUUUGGAGUUACUGUUGUUUGGAUACACAGCUGGUUUGUCCGCGAGCGAUGAGAGGAGACACCCGCGUGCCGUGCUGGAUGAGGCGACCACCAUCCCAAACCACUUACAGGAGGACGACAGGGACUCCAGGUUUUCACCUUUUACUCCUACAAUGACCAUCACGAAUAGGGACUUCAGGACCACUGGAAACACUAACCAAGUACAGUCCGACUGGCUGACCACCACCACCACAACGGCUGAGCUAACGACCAAAACAAUGAACCCGACCUCCAAAGGCAGUAAAGUCAAAGAAAACUCCACAUUAUCCACAACACCCAACACUAAAGCAAAACCCACUUCUUCCUCUACAAUAAGUGACACAAAAAACACAACAACACCUGCACUGGAUACUUCAAACAGUACACGGACAGUGAAAAGCACCUCAAAUCCUCUUGUUGUGACCACUGAGAAAGGAUUGCAGUGCAACUGUAGCACUGAGGGUUCAGUGGACCCAUAUACCUGUGACUCGGUCACGGGUCAGUGUGUGUGCAUAAUUGGAUACACGGGUCAACGUUGUGAUGAAUGUGAGGAUGAGUAUUUUACCAAUGGGACCAACGGCUGCCAGCCAUGUGAAUGUGACUCCUAUGGAGCCGUGAGUGGACAUUGCAAUGGUUCAGGCAUGUGCAACUGCAAGAUGGGAGUGCAUGGGGACAAGUGUAACGACUGCCUCCCAGGCUUCACGCACUUCAGCAGCACCGGGUGCCAACCGUGCCAAUGCAAUAAUCAUAGCAGUUACUGCCACCCACAGUCAGGCAUCUGCAUGAACUGCCAAGGCAACACUGAAGGACCCAGCUGUGAGAAGUGCAAGUAUAAUUUCUACCGAAGGCCCGCGUCUCCUGUGACAGACCCCUGCAUCCCCUGCCCCUGCUCCAGCGUCACUUCCACAGGCAGUUGUAAGCUGGACUCAAGUGGCCAGCCUUACUGUGUCCAGUGUAAGCCGGAGUACCAGGGUCCCAACUGUGAGCAGUGUAGUGAUGGCUUCUACAACGCUGACAGCAUCUGCCUGCCCUGUAACUGCAGCGGGAACGGAGACCCCCGCUUGUCCCCUCGCAUCUGUCAUCCAGACACGGGCCACUGCCUGAGCUGCAUCAACAACAGCACAGGGCUGCACUGUGAGCGCUGCGCAGACGGCUUCACCGGAGACCACUCGCCAGAAAACUGCACUCCUACAGUUGUCCACACUACUCCUUCAAGCACUACCGACUGGUUUCACUACACCACCAUGACCUCCAGCCCCAAUGCUACAACACAAUUCACCAGCACUACCGCUCUGCUGAGCAGCCUGGCCAGCUCAACCUCCAACACCACCACCACCACCACAGUGACGCCACUUCCCUGGAACCAGUUCAACAUUAUCGUCUUAGCCGUCAUCAUCAUAGUAGUGAUCGCUCUGUUGGCAGUGGUGGGUGGUGUUUACACUUACAGAGAAUACCAGAACCGCAAACUGAAUGCUCCAUUCUGGACCAUUGAGCUGAAGGAGGACAACAUUAGCUUCAGCAGCUAUCAUGACAGCAUACCGAACGCUGACGUUUCAGGCCUUUUAGAAGAUGAAAUAAGCGAUAUGGGCAACGGACAGCUUGCGCUAACUGGUCCUGGAAGUUUGUAUAAGGUAUAACUGUUGUUAAUCUACACAAACUGGGCUGCUAUGCCUGACACUGGGAAGAUUGUGGAUAUGUGGACCUCCGUUGUUUUUUUCUUUAUUUUACUGAUGGAAAAAGGAGAUCUGUUUUCUUAUCUGAUAUAAAGCAAACAUUUACACGAGCUCUCCGAACAGAGAUGAGAAAUUUAUCAAUGAGGAACACGCUAAGCCAACAGAAAAGCCAAGUUAAACAUCCUGCCUCCUGUUUUGAAGAAUGAGGAGACAUGUGUGACGGACCAAACACUGAAACGUUUCUACUUGAGUAAUAAGAGAGAGAUAUUUCAUCAAGUGUGAGGAGAUCAAUCAAAUCCAUCUGCUUAUUAGCAUUUUUUGCACAUUCGCAUACAUGCAGUUACGUCCAUUGACUCGUUCCUUUUGUAUAUGCUGUGGAUGUUUUAAAUACACAGGGAGGUCGCUCAUUUUCGACAAACUCAGGAUGGAUAUCAUGCAAACCACACCGAUUUUAGUGUUUUGCUUCAAGUAUGCUAUUACAUGUGCAGGACUUUAGGGGGCGACAUCGCACUUGACCUGGUGUAGAGAGCGAUCCUGCAUAUUAUGCAGUGGAAAUACAUAUGGCUGAUUGACUUCUGCAUUUGUUUUUUUUGGCAGACACAGUCUUGCCGAAUCAAAUCCUAAGGAGGGAUGAUCUGUUUUUAUCAGGCCAAAGAGGAUUGAUGCGUCAGUCUCAGAUGGAGAAAGCCUGACUAAUCCUUAAUUUUAGUGGAUUUACAGAAUGGUGUAUGAAAUUUUACCUGCUUUAUUUAUUUUCAGGAAAUUCUCCUCAGUUCAGAUUUUCCUUGGCGGCUUUGUGUUGAAAGGUGUCAUGCCUUGUUGCAUGAACUUGACGCAACAAUCUGGUGGGAGAGUUUAGCAGUUUUGGUUAAUUUAUUUGGACAAACCUCUCUGUGACUGAUGGCAUACGGUCAGAUUGUGUGUGUGUGGUCACAGAGGAGGCGAACAAAUAUGAUCAGACGAGCAAUAAUGCCUGUUGGGUCUAACGGUUAUAUUGGACAGUAAUCAGUCACUGCCAUUUGUUUUGCACAGGCUAAAACAAGUUGAGCGAAUGGUUGAGUGAAUGAAAAAGUGCACAUGUUUGAGUGUGUGGGAGUAUGUUUCUGGGUGCUGAGCAUGGGAAUUGAAUUCCAAGGGGGUUGGAAAUAUAUCAAGAGACGUAGACGUCAUAAAAAGAGGGUGGAUGAAUGAGUUCUUCUUGGAAGGCCAUGGCCCAAACUUGAGCAAUAGAUCGUGUCUGUCUGUAUCUCAGAUCACUUAAUAUCUGCUAUUAUCUCCCUUCCACUUCCGCAGUCCUGAAGCUGUCAGCCUUCGAGGUAUGUUGAUAUACAAUGAUGUAAAUAUUAGAUGUACAGAAUAGUUGUCUUGAGGAGGCUGCUAUCGUAUUGGUACGUGUUGUGACGAGUCUCGUUUUACUUGUGCGCACACAUAGAGACUAACGUCACAACAGUGUCUUAACACAUUGUGUUGCAUUGUGCUGUAUGCAUGAUGCACUUCAUUCACAACUAACUCUGUGAAUUUCAAUAAAAGUCAGUUUUGCUAUA